AUGAUCGGUCAGUCCAACUACUUGGCCAUCGUCGGUGGAGGAAGACAACCCAAAUUCCCCCAGAAUAAGCUCGUAAUCUGGGAUGACGCCAAACAGAAAGCAGUCAUCACUCUCGAGUUCCGCACCUCCGUCCUGGGUGUCCGUCUGUCCAAGUCACGCAUUGUCGUUGCUUUGUUGAACAGUAUCCACAUUUUCGCUUUCUCAACCCCACCUCAGAAACUGUCCGUCUUCGAAACGACGGACAACCCCAUGGGGCUGGCCUGCCUAGGACAGAAAUUGAUUGCCUUCCCCGGUCGAUCGGCUGGACAGGUCCAGCUGGUCGAACUCGAAACCGGCAAUGUCAGCAUCAUCCCCGCUCAUAGUUCACCACUCCGGGCCAUGGCGUUGAGCCCCGAUGGGGAGGUGCUGGCAACGGCGAGCGAAGUGGGUACACUUGUACGAGCAUUCUCCACCAGCAACUGCGCCAAGAUGGCUGAACUACGCCGAGGGGUCGACCAAGCAGUAAUAUUCUCCCUGGCCAUUUCUCCUUCCAACAACUUGCUGGCGGUUACAUCAGACAAAUCUACCCUACAUAUUUUUGACCUUCCACACCCCCGCGCGCUUGCGCACCGCAGCCCGUCUCCGUCCGAAGAAGGACUGAACCAGAAAUGGGGCAUCCUGGGGAAGAUUCCGUUGCUUCCCAGAGUAUUCUCCGACGUCUACUCCUUUGCCAGUGCUCAUUUUGAAAUGGGCGAGGAAUCUCCAACAGGUUUACUUCACGUGCCACCCCUGGGCACCACGCUGGGGCGACCUCUAAAAGGAGUCAUAGGCUGGCUCGAUGACCGGACCAUCCUUGUGAUCGGGUCCGGAAGAGAUGGCCGUUGGGAGAGGUUCGUCCUCCGUGAGGGGGACGACGGCAAGCGCUAUUGUGUAAGAGAUGGCUGGAAACGGUAUCUAGGGAGCUGA